GUGGCGGCGGGAGGUGCCGGGACCGCCCCGAGCGGCCGGGUCGGGGAUGGUGUCCGCUGCACCCCCCCUCCCCUGCCCGCCAUGGAGCUGGAGAACAUCGUGGCCAACACCGUCCUGCUGAAGGCCCGCGAAGGAGGUGGAGGCAAGAGGAAGGGCAGGAGCAAGAAGUGGAGGGAGAUCCUGCGGUUCCCACACAUCAGCCAGUGCGAGGAGCUGCGCAAGGGGCUGGAGCAGGACUACGGCAGCCUGUGCCAGAAGCAGCCCAUCGGCCGCCUGCUCUUCCGGCAGUUCUGCGAGACGCGGCCGGAGCUGCUGCGCUGCAUCCGCUUCCUGGACGCCGUGGCAGACUAUGAGCUGUCCCCCGAUGAGAAGCGGAAGGAGAUGGGAGAGGAAAUUAUCCAUCGGUUCCUCAAGCAGGAGUCCCCGGAAUUCCUGCCUGAGGUCGGCCAGCCCCACGCCAGCCGCUGCCUGCAGGACCUGCAGCAGAGCCCCUGCAAGGACCUCUUCAGCAGCUGUCUGUGCUCCCUGCACCAGUACCUGGGGGGGGACCCCUUUGCUGCCUACCGGGACAGUAUGUACUUCGACCGCUUCCUGCAGUGGAAGUAUCUGGAGAGGCAGUCUGUCACCAAGGACACGUUUCGGCAGUACCGGAUCCUGGGCAAGGGAGGCUUCGGAGAGGUGUGCGCCUGCCAGGUGAGGGCCACGGGGAAGAUGUAUGCCUGCAAGAAGCUGGAGAAGAAGCGGAUCAAGAAGCGGAAGGGGGAGGCGAUGGCGCUGAACGAGAAGCAGAUCCUGGAGAAGGUCAACAGCCGCUUCGUGGUGAGCCUGGCGUAUGCCUACGAGACGAAGGAUGCGCUGUGCCUGGUGCUGACCAUCAUGAACGGCGGGGACCUCAAGUUCCACAUCUACAACAUGGGCACCCCCGGCUUCGAGGACGAGCGUGUGGCCUUCUACGCCGCCGAGAUCUGCUGCGGGCUCCAGCACCUGCACCAGGAGGGCAUCGUCUACCGGGACCUGAAGCCAGAGAACAUCCUCCUGGAUGAUGAUGGCCACAUCAGGAUCUCUGACCUGGGGCUGGCUAUCAAGAUCCCUGAGGGUGAGACCAUCCGUGGCCGCGUGGGCACCGUUGGCUACAUGGCCCCAGAGGUGAUCAACAACGAGCGCUACACCUUCAGCCCCGACUGGUGGGGGCUGGGCUGCCUGGUGUACGAAAUGAUCGAGGGGCAGUCGCCCUUCCGCGCCCGCAAGGAGCGGGUGAAGCGCGAGGAGGUGGAGAAGAGGGUGCGGGAGGAGCAGGAGUCCUACUCUGACAAGUUCAGCCAGGAGGCUCGGGCGCUCUGCCAGCUGCUGCUGGCCAAGGACCCUAAGCAGCGGCUGGGCUGCGGGGCCGGCGGCGCCGCCGAGGUGAAGCUGCAUCCCUUCUUCAGCACCAUCAACUUCAAGCGCCUGGAGGCUGGCAUCAUGACCCCCUCCUUUGUGCCGGAUCCCCGGGCAGUUUACUGCAAGGAUGUGCUGGACAUCGAGCAGUUCUCCACCGUGAAGGGAGUCAACCUGGACCAAACCGACACCGACUUCUAUGCCAAGUUUGCCACCGGCAGUGUCUCCAUCCCCUGGCAGAACGAGAUGAUCGAGACUGAGUGCUUCAAGGACCUCAACGUGUUCGGACCUGCCGGGACUCGCUCCCCAGACCUGGACUGGAGGCAGCUGCCUGAGCCCCCCAAGCGCAGCCUCCUGCAGAGGCUCUUCCGACGCCAUCCAGCUGACUACACCAUCACCACCACCAUCCCCCCCCGUGCCCCGGCCGCCGUGAACUCGCAUCCUCCCGCGGCCAAAUCCAGCUGCCAACCCCCUGCCACAGCACCAGCACCGUCCUGACCCCCACUCUCGUCCUCCUGGGGGCAGCCCCCAGCCCCCCAUGGCCUCCCAGCGUUCUCUGGGGCCGGGGUCGCUGGCAGAGGCGAGGCAGGAUGCAGGCACAGACGGAUGCAGGAUGCCAGCACGGACGUGGGCAGGGGGUGAUGGAGGGGACCAGUGGGACCCGAACCUAGCAGCUCCCCAGCACCUUCUCCCCUAUCCCCAUGGUCAGGGAUGGGCACAGGCUGCCCAGGGAGGUGGUGGAGUCUCCAUCCCUGGAGGUGUUGAAGCAGUGUGUGGCCGUGGGGGUGCGGGGCUGAUGCUCUCCAUGAUCCUGAAGGGCUUUCCUGAAUGAAACAAUUCACAUCCAGCCAGGUCCUGGGGGACUCCCACUGCGGGACCACCACACCUGCCCCCCACCCCCCAACAGCUGCCAGGGCCAGGGGCCAGGGCAGGGACCUAUUUUUGCUGUGUUUUGAGGCUUUUAUCUUAUCACCAAGCUUGGUGCCUGACCUCUGUGGGCAUGGAGGGGGGAGAGGGGAGCUGUGGAUUUAUCUCUGCUCUCCAAAUAGCAACAAAGGCAGCCUUGGAGUGUGGGGGGGGACACCCUGGCUCCCCCUGGCCAUGCUGCAGUGGGAAGGACAGGGUCACCCUGACAGACCCUCCACCCUGCUGGGGCACACAGCUUCUCCCCUCCUGAUGCAGCCAGGACAGCCUGGAGCAGGCUCCGAGAAGGGAAUGUUCUGGAGGGCUCUGGACUGGAGGUGUGGAGGGGUGAGGGCUGGGGGGAAUCCUUCUCUCCCCACAGGACCACUCAGGGUGGCAUUGGGGUGCCUUGUCUUUGCUGUGGGGCUGCUGGGUGGCACAGCACCCAUGGGGUGGGUGUGGAAGGGCCAACACCACACAGGUGUGCCAGGGGCUGUGCUGUGGGUGCCCAGGGCCCCCCCUGCUUGUGCCUUUGGCCCCUGGUGACUCUCUGCCUCCCACAGGUUUGGUUUCCAUUUGCUCUGGUUUUGUUCCUUUGUAAAGAGCUGUAAAUAUUUGUCCUGAGCCCCUGGGUGGAAGUUUUUAACCUCCAAGCUGCUAGUGGAGCCCUGUGGUGGCUUUGUGUGGGUAUGUGGGGGGCAUUUUAUGGGCAUCAGGGGGGGACUUUCUUGGCUGUUUUGCCUCCUCCAGUGUUAAUCCCCCCGUGGGAUAUGGAUGGGAGGGCACUGGAUGCCCAGCCUGGGUAUGGCCUUGCUGCUGUGCAGGAUGUGGCCCUGGCCCCAGUGCCCCCAGCACGCCCAGUUUGGCAGGACCUGGCUCGGCUUCACCACCUGAGGGUCCAGCUGUGUCCAGCCUGUGUCUGGGGGCCUCAUCCUGCCCUGGGCAGGCAAAUGGUGCUGGAGCACAGAUGGACUCAGCCAGCUUGACCAGCUCUGCUCCCUCCUUCCCUGCUGGAGAGUGCCUGAGGUGCCUGGGGAGCAGGUGGCUGAAGCCCAGCGCUGGGGAGAGCUGCAGCAGGAGCCCAGGACUCACCUGCAGCAGGCAGGAGCGUGGCGGCCAGGGGAGCUGCUGGCAGACCUUGGGAA